UGUGAUUCAAGAAAAUAAGUAACGUCGAUGGACGUUUUCUUGGAAUCUUUUCUCGGAUCUCUGUAAAUCUGUUUGAAGCAGAUUUUCUAGGAAACAGAUUAAUCUUAUUUAGGAUGAUGAGGGGAUGAAGAUAGAAUGAGGUAUAUAUAACAAUGGCCACAGGAAUCAAGCUGUCAGUUUCGGAGGCAGAAUUGUUUAGUAAUGGCACAGAAGAACAUCCGUGUCAACUGCAACGCACAAUCAGCCGAGAGGGCAAAGAGAAGCGAAAACAAUUUAGGACAUCUAGAGGUGAAAAAGAAUUUGAGGAAAGUUUUGAUAAGGAGACAGAUGAUGUCUUUGUGGGCACAGAUACUCAAUUAGGGGCCGUACCCAGAUCAGAGAGGAGCAAGAGUGACUCCAUAUUGCCAGAUCUAGUUUUGAGCAGUGCCAGUACCAAAUCUGAUGGUGGCUCCGAGAGUGAUGAGGCCGCAAAAGAGUCCCCUGAUGUGGUGCGUGGAAAAACCUCCCCUUCGAGUCCCAAGACAGAUGGAGAAAAUAACAAAUGCAGUCUGGAAGAAGGCGACAGUAUUGUUGGUUCACUGCAAACUCCAACUAAAUCUAAGCCCCCAAAAGUGAAACGGUCAGUGAGUUUUCAAGAGGAUGUCAAACACAGAAAAGACAGCAACAACAUGGACACACAGAACAGGAGGAAAGAGUAUCGUAAGUCAAGUGGGUAUGGAACUGGAAGUGGUGGGAGUGACGCAUCACUGCAGUCACAGAUCAGUACUGCUUCUACUGUGAGUCAGGAGACCGAGCUGGAGGAUCAGACGGGGAUAGGCAGGAGUAUGGAGCCAGUAGGAUCAGGAUUGUCGUUGAUGUAUGAGGGGGACAAGACAGGGGUACAUAUAGUUCCUAGACGAAGACCACAGCAAGCUGUAAGGGAACCAAUAGCGAGGAAUGGACAGGUUUCUAUAAAUGGCAACAGUAGGUACACAUCAAAUGAAGAUGACGAUACAGUACCACCCAUUCAAAGUCAGAUUCCUCUGGUUGUGAGUUCUGUGUUAGAUGAACCGUCAUAUGAGGACAUGCCAAGUUCGGAAUUACCGAACCUUAGCAUCAUGAUGGCGUCAGUGGAGAUUGAUGAUACACAACAGGAGGGGGGAUCCAACAAUUCUCUUCAUGAAGGAGUGGAUCCUAAUACUUGUAAUGGAUUCAGAACACCUUCUCAGGGGGGAGGGGAUUCCAAUGCAUGCAAUCAAAUAGGUGGAUCAAACAAUUCUCAAGCUGUGGGAGCAGAUGCUCAGAGUCAUGAUGACAGUUCUGUGAUGCUGCCGGAGUUUGGGAUUCUUUUAAAAGAGCCUGAAACACCCGGCAAUAUUGAAUCACCCAGUCUCCAGAUGUCAAAGGAAAAGAAAGAUAUCAUAAGUCAAUAUUGUACUGGACAACAGGUAUCUUUGCCAUCGACAGGAACACCAGUUAAUUUUCGAAUUCCUGAACAAGCUCCUCCCACCCCUGAUGUAACCAUGUCGAGGGCCCCUCCUUCCACUGGCCACUCUAGCUAUGGAAUCUCACAUAUGAUCAGCGCAUUUUAUAAGAAUCCGGAGAUAUUUAAUUUUGAGGUGGAAGGCCUACAAAAUCUUUUGAGGAUAAUUGGCACUCCAACAUCUCUUCAUUGUCUUGGGGAUGGUUCUAUGGCGUCUGAAGUCUCAGUUCCCUGUGUUGAGAUAGCAUCACGGUGUAAAGACAAAGACUGCUCGCUGCGUAGAUGUCAAGCAAUGAAGGCAGCCUUGAUAGGACUUCAGCAUGCCUUGGAUGGAUUUUUGGACAUUAAAACUUCCCCAGAGGUCCAGAAUCUGUGUAUGAGCCUGUAUGAACAUGCCAAAAACUGUGAAGAACCGCCGAUGAGGUGUACUGUGCCGUGGUGUCACCUGCUCAGAAAGUCGUCUGAGCUGGAAAAUGUCAGCAGUGUUGAUGUGUUUCUCUGGAUAAAGACACACUUUGAUACUCCGGUGUUUGAGGAAGAUGUGUUCCCAGAAGAUGAUGUUCAGCAUUUCAUAAAGAUUCAGACUGUACACCACCACACCAGUGCCUCUCAGUUUGAAGUUACGUGUCGUAUUGAACAGCCUGGCCACUAUGGAAAUGUGGCCCUGGUUGCCGAGACAACGCCCCCUCUGGCCUCCUUUGAUGCAGAGAUGUCCACUACUGACCAUCUUUAUGUUAUAAAACAAAUCAGUAAUGAUGAAUCAGACUUUGAGGAGACUCAGGUGUAUCAGAGGCUACAAGACCUAGAGCACCCCAAUUUGAUCCGCCACUAUUGGAUCGCGGUGUAUCCCAGCUACAGCAACAUCUGUGUUCAGUAUAUUCAAGGCGACACUUUGGAGACGGAACUACAGCGCCGAAUGUUGUUUGACCCUCACAUGGUUCUGCAGAUGAUGAUGGAGGUCUUGGACGCUGUAGAUUUCCUACAUAAACAUGGAAUUAUCUACCUCUACUGGUCAUUGGGCAACAUUUUACUGGAUGGCCAAAACAGACGCCUGAUUGUUAACAACCUGACCCUGUCGGUGACGGAUGACGGACAAUAUGAUGUCGGCUACACCAAACAGUCGCUUCCUACGAGUCUGGUACCCCCAGAGAUAUUGGAGGGGGAGAUAUUGACCCAUGACAGUGAUUGCUGGGGAGCGGCCUGCAUGAUGGUACACUUGUUGUCAGGUCACCAAAUCUGGUACACCCACCGGCAUGACUCCAGAGAGGAACUGUGGGAGAAGGUCAGAUCUGGCUGUUGUCCACUUACAGCGGAGGAAGGGAAGAUCAAACAAGCCACACUGUUGGCCUUGCUUAAGAGCUGCUUCAAGAUAAAAGUGAGUGAAAGGAUUUCAUUCGUUGAGCUUCUUAGACGAAUCAAAGCUGCUGCUAUUGAUGGAAACUUUGGUCACUUGUCAGACGAUUCCCAGAAUAACACAUGAUGUGUCAAGUAAAAGUGACGCCGCAGCAAAGGAGUUUCUUCCACUGCAUUCCAAAAACUCCAGAACGGCUUUUGUUCCUUCGUAGACAUUUCAAAAUAACAAUUCAACUAAUAUGGAAAGCAUUUGCCAUGUUUUUAUUCCAUAGUCAUUUAGUGCUAGUAAACUAUUUGAAGUUAGAAGAAUUCUUACUUGUCAAAAUGUAACACUGCCAUGAAAUGAUAACAUUUGGUCAAUGGUGAUAUUAACUUGUUUAGAAUUUGUGCUAUAUUGAUGUGUAUUAAUUUACCUAAAAUGCUACAGCCUAUUUUUACCAAUAAUAAUGUUAUGUGACUGAGAACAAAUCAUGGAAGCUCUCGAAUUUUAAUAUGCUUUGUCAUGAAUAUGUUUUGAAAGAGCAAAGGGGGAAUAUUUUUUUGAUAUUUAUGUUAGUAAUGGCUUUGUAAGGAGUGAAGAAAAUUAUCAUGUUGAAAAUGUUUUGUGAAGGAGAUCAUUAGUGUGCACUGAAUUGAUUCCGGUGAUACAAGGGUUAAGGACAGAUUUACGUUCUGGGUGUAACCUUCCUCUCAAACAUCACAGAUGUUGUGUCUAUUUAUGCAGACAUGUAAAAUGUCCGAUACUAAUCUCAUUAUGUAUUCUAUAUAAAACAUACUGCCAGGUGCCUGAUUGUCACACACAUAUCAUUGUAUGUAGGUUCUCUAUAACACACACCUGUAGGAGUCGGACGUUAAACGUUCCUCUCACGUUGUUUUACGUUAAUUUUAUGUUUUUUAUUUGGCGUAGUGUUUCAGACACUGACGUAAGCAUGUUACUAUAUACAAUAUUAUUGUAUCUAGCAUUUUACCUUUGUUGCCAGUUUCUAAAUGAAAUUAAUCGUUAAAAACUACUUUAAUUUUUUUCAUACCUCAUUUCAAAUCAUUGUAUGUGAAUUUAAAUUCUCUCAUUAUCAACUGCCAUGUUAUGAGAACAACAUAAAAAUACUGUAUUUUUGAUGCAAAUUGUUAAAAAAGAAAAAACAUUAACAUGUAUAUAAAAUUCUGUUAUUUUAUACAUAAUGCUAUAAUGGUCACUACUGCACAUUGUCCUUUUCGCCAAAGAAUGGUUGAAUGAAUCGGAAGAGCUGAUUAAAUUUUCCGCUCGAUAUAUGAUUGAGAACAGCUGCAGUUAAAGAAAGAUUACGGAGCCUUGAUGGAGGAUUGCAGUCUUUGAACACUGCUGUGUACAAUAUUGUCAUUACUUGCAUUUACAGACACGAUGUCACGUUGUAAUGUAGAGCUGAGCACAAUACAUAUGUACACUGCACUGCAUAGAAUGAAGAAUUCAAUAGAUUUAUCUCAUCAUAUACAGAUAUUUACCCAGCUGUGCUGCACACUUUUCUUAUAUAGGGAACUCUGUACAGGAUAUAACAUACUAUCUGAUAUUUUUUCAAUGUACAUGUAUCUUAAAAUAAGUUGAGGAAUGUUGAAUUGUCACAAGGGAUGGAAUUUGAAAUAUUUUGAGAUUGGAUUUAUUCCUUUUUAUUUUAUUUACUAGUAUAUUUUUGUAUCUAUGUGCAAAAAAGACUGAUAGAGUGGUCUAGUUUUAUUUUUUAUGGUCAGUCAGAAUAUAUAUGUUGAAGGAUCUCUAAUCUACUGUUUUGAAUAUAAGCUUGCAAAUAAUUGUUAAGUUUGUUAGUAGAUUUGUCAAUGGAGAGAAAUGGAAAAGUAUUCCUUAGCGUGAGUUUGCUGUAAUCUAUUUGCCAUCUUAAAAAUUUAAAAUUUUAAAACUCAAAAAUUAUUAAAAAUGGUAGUAAAAGCAAAACAAAUCUUUGCUGAGCAAAAAUUCAGCAAAUUAAGAAAGGAAUUCUAGAAUUCCCCUCCAUUAUUUCUUUUAAAAAAUUAAGAUCAUAAAAAUUGCUCAAAAUGAUAAUGAUUGCUCAUUCUUGAUGUAUGAUAUUGGUGCAUUUUCUUAUCUCACUGUGCAAUAGCAAUGUUCCGGUUUCUGUUGCUGUUUGUUUUCUGUUUAAGUUUUUUAUGGUAGUUGUAUUGUUUUUACCAGAGAAGGGCAAAACAUUUUUAUUUAGUGACAUUUCUUGUCUUUUGGAUGGAAAGAUAUUGUUCUUGUUAGCAUUCCGUAUUUUAUAUGCAUGUAUAUUAAUCAGAGAAACCUGUGGAGUUUGUAGACUAAGUGUUUUUGAAAUUUGAUAAUACCGUAGAAUGUGAACCAAAUGGUCCUUAAUUCUAACAGUUGUCAAUGUGAAUCUUUUAUCUCCCAUUCCUUGUAUUGCAGACCUGAUUCUGCAGCAAAUUUUGGAUGCAUACCACUGAAACACCUUGAUUUGGACCAUCUUAAAAAGUCUACGUUCUCUUACAUUUCAGAUAAAUGUUUUUCAAAAUGUUGCUACCAGACUAUAGUUAGAAAUAUACACAUAUAUUUACAUUUCCAAUGUUUUUGCCUAUUUUUAUAUACAUUAAAUAAGUUAUACCGAUUGAUCAAGUUUCAUAUGCACAAUGUUCACGUUCAUGAGGAAAUUGCUAUCAAUCCAUUGAUAAAGCUAUUGAAGGCACAAACAUCGGAAAUGUAAAUAUCCGAGUAUGAACUGCAUCAUUUCGCGUCGGCACAUUUUCUAUGAAGCAUUUCUGCGCUUUAUGAAGUAUAUUGGCGUGAAGCGUCACAGUUUAUACCUUCAUGUGUUUUCAGAGCUGAAGUUUAUUUCUUUAAGUAUUUCUGCAUAUAUGAAAAGGGUUUGAUUGUUGCAUAUAUUUGUAAUGUUUAAGAAACUGAUAUCAACUUCGUAGGGAAACAUUCAACUUCGUAAUGAAACAAGCGAAACCUCUAAGCAAUCAAUCUGCACAUUUCUGAUAUUGAACAGGUAGUUAGUUCUUUGUGUCUUAGGAAUGGGAUUUCUCAAUUCCUGAAUUUUAUGACAGUGUAUCAAGUAGACAAAAUAUUAGUGCUUUAUUGAAGAAUUUUUAUGGAUAGUUUAAUUUCAUAGAUAAGUACCAGUGUUAAGCUAUGGUUUGUUCCCACCAAACUAGUGUUAAUUUUAUGAUGUUUGUAUUUUGUUAUACCCAUAUACAUGUAUGCAAAUUACCAUAUAUCGUGCUUGUUGGCCAUUUAUAUUUCUUACAAGAAUUAUUUGUUAUGAAAAAGAAAGAUUAAAAUAGAAAGAAUUGAA